GAUGAUGGUGCCAGCAUGAAGCCAGUUCUGUCGCAAGCUUCGCCGCGGCCGGAUGUGCAAGUGGGGUGGCCUGCGCGCCGGGGUGAAACUUGCAAGCUCCCCCUUUAUCGAGCUUGCAGAUGGCUGUGCCUUUUAGAUUUUGACGUGUCCCUCCAUUCCUCCCCGUUUAUUCGUCCGUGUGCUUCGUGGUUACAACAUUUCAGUCGUUUAUCUCGCCAUUCGCUUCAUCGGUUGCCAUUUCUCGACGCUCAGCACCCUUCGACAUGCCCAGGAAAGUCGGAUUCAACGUCGUUUACGCCACGAGUGAGGAGGAUAGGCACUCAUCAUUAGAGCUUAAUGUUCAUGGGCCGACAGUUAGAGGUUGGCAGAGUGCAAGAAAUUGCACGUAUCCUCAGGAACUGAUUCUACGUCUUCAUGGGCCCACGAAACUUACGAGAAUACAAGUCCUGGCUCAUCAGUACCUCAUACCCGAGAAGUUGGAGAUCUGGACAUCGAGGGAAGAAAAUGCAUCCGCUUCGACAGACUUUAGUUACCUGGGCUACAUCACACUAUCCGACAACGCGUCGACCCUUUACAAGAGCAGGGAGCUGAAAAGCGUGGCUCUUCCAGAAACGGAAGCGCUUUCACUGAAGCUCAGGUUACACAAACCGCACAGUAAUGCGCACAAUACUUACUGUCAGGUUGGCCUUAUUGCCAUAAAUAUACUUGGCGAACCUUACGGCCAAGAAUUAACUGGACAGGGAGAUGCUCCAUAUAAUCCGCAUUAUAUCUCACCAUAUGAUGAUCUGGCGUUCGAAAUGUACGUCGAUCGUGAAGUAGCUAAAAUUAUAAGGCAAAUGGAAGUAAAGAAAUUAUUGGCAGUAGAAGAAGAAAGAUUUGAAUACGCUUCGAAACUAAAAGUGGCAAUGGAAAAUCUUAGAAAAGCAGGCGAACGUUUGGGCAAGUACGAAUUGGAAAAGAAAUACGCCAUAGCUUUGGAAGAUUAUGAUAAAGCUAAGGCUAAAAAGGCGCAAGCACAACAAUAUAGACAGCAGGUUUAUCAAUCACUGGAGAUACACAACUUGCUCGAAGUCCAUGGGCCCGUAGAAAAGAACAACAUAUCGGAAGACAAAGAACCAACAUCGACCGACACUUCGAACACAGCGGCAUUACCUGAUGACAUGACAUCUCCUCCGAGACUGGUUAUUCCACCUAAUCGCGAUGGUGCUUUGUCACCAACUGGUCCUGCACAUCAACCGCCCGUGUCGCCAUUGCGUCAAAAGUCCAACAGUCCCGAAGUAACAGAUAGUCCUACGAAUGGUGUUCUUGAGAAGCAAAGUAACUGUAAUAAAGGAUCCCUUAGACGGAAAACUAAAUCAGCAGGUCCAACUCUUCGGUCGAGUUAUGAAGCCUACGAGGAAAGAACCAUUCCUGCUCUCAGACACUCACACACAAAUGAGUUUACGAGGGAGUGUCACUUAGACAGUACAGAGACGAAAGUUAUUUCGAAACUCAACGAUAGAGAGAAGAAACAAGCUGCGUUACCUAUUGCGGUUUUCGGAAUGGAGAUGGUAGAGAAGUUCUAUUCAAAGCAAUUCACGGACAAGGAAGAAGGACUGAUGCAACUAAAAGAGGAAUUAAAGUCGUUCGACCCAGAGGUUUCAAAACAUUCUCCAAAUAAAACGGCCAGGGCAGCGAUUCUAUUGUUGCAUAGGGCUCUCAGAGACAAAGUUUUCAGCGUGUACAGCUUGGCCGCACAACUUAUUCGAAUCUUCUUUGCCGAGUUUGCCGCGGACAGAGUGUCUUCGACUGAAAUUGCCAGAAGUGUCGAACGUCUGCUACCGGAACUUCUGACAAAGUCCGGAGACACCACCCCGAGAAUACAUAAUAUGGCAGUGCAUACAAUUCUCAGCAUGGCGGAUUGCAAAUGCGUGAGGGAGUUGCAUAUAAUACCGGUGCAUUUGACUAGACCCGUCAACAGUAGCACACAUCAAAGGCUCGCGCUAAGUAGACUAGAAAUGGUGGAGCAACUGAUACUGAGCCAUGGCAUCUCCACGGAAAAACAAAGCGGGCUGACUUGUCGGACGUUAUCCGAAUUAGGUUCUUCCGGUCUGCACCAUCCGGCUGAGGCAGUGAGAAAAGUCUCCGAGAGGAUUCUCGUGUUGGUUUACAAAGUCAAUCCCAGACUGGUGCGAAAGCAAUUGCCACCUGACGACGAUAUAACACGGCGGAAUCUACUGUAUCGCCAACUCUUCCAUGAAUUUGAUUUAAUCGAUCUUCAGAGAAAAAAGGAAGCUGAAUCCACCCAUAAAGCAACAACGACUCCUACGCGAACUAGAUCUACGGAAAAUAAUGUAACUAAUAUAACUAAAUCGCCUUCGAGAUCGAGUCCAGUUGUAAGUACCGGAAGCUCAACGAGUAUCACAUCUCCGUCCGAAAACAGUACUGAUCAUAAGGGAGAUAAAAUGUGCAUAUUUUGCUUGUCAAAGGGUCAAGUAUAUUCCGAGGAAGGUCUGAACAUACAUUAUUGGAGAACUUGUCCCAUGUUAACAAAAUGUGAAGCGUGUAAGCAAGUCGUAGAAAUUUCUUAUUUAAAUCUGCAUUUGUUGAAUGAAUGUGACAUGAGGAGUAACUAUGUAAAAUGUGAUACGUGUAAACAGGCAGUGCAUGAAAAUGCAUUUGAAAAUCACAGACAAGAUAAAAAAUGCACAAAACCUAUAGAGGGAUAUGAACGCUGUCCCCUUUGUUCAGCAUUAGUCAAUCAAAACAAGUGGAGAGAACAUCUUAUGGGGGAACAUCCAUGUGUAAAUAACCCACGAAGCAAGAUAGGAAAAAGUUGUACGAAAUCACCGUCUAACUCGCAAAAUCUUAGCGGCAAGUUAACAUCACCCACGGGUAGAGAUUACUAGCAUCGGGCGUCAACUUCGAAGCCCACGGAAGAAUUUGACAAAUCUUAGAGAAGGGGAUUUUGAUUUUAUUUAUUUUAUAGUUUAUGUAUAUGUUGUGUAUAUAUAUA